GCUCAGGAUCAUUUACAAGCUGUGGAGUUUAGCUGUGAGAGUCAAAGUGUUUUAUAGCCUGAUGAGGUCAGCAGGUCACCGAAAGACGCCGCGGCGUGAGAAAAUGAGUUACAGCUCCGUUGUGCAACGGCGUGGGAGCAGCGGAAGUGUGUACAGUUAAUUAAUAAGCAGGGGAUGAAUCAUUGAUGCUGUGACUCAGCAUGGGGCCAUGGGAGGUUCUGGACGUUCCUCUGGGUCGCCCUGGCCGCCGCAACAAACAGGUUCUGGUUCUGACCCGGCUCCUUCCAGAAAAACAUCAUUAGAGCAGAAUCUCUCUAAGUUUCAACUCAUUUCAUGCUAUAAUGAAUUAAUCUCAUUUUAAUCCUAAAAACCAAAUGAAUGCUGUAAAAUGAGGCUGGCGGUGCGGCUGCAGGGAGGCUCCGAGGUAUUUUGGUAAAUCAGUUAGCCGGUUUAUUGACCCUCUGUUUAAAUAAGCCUGUUGGACUUUCUCCUGCUCCAGAAGCUGCCCUCUCACCAUUUGAGCUUUUGGAGAGGAACCCUCGCCGCUGACCAUGCAGCUGGUUCCCCUCGCACUCUUCCUGAUUGUGUUGCAUGUUUGUGGCAGAGCGGAGAGCAGAGCGAAGUCGCGGCGGCCGCAGGCGGGCGACGCGGAUGCCGCGGCUCCCGCCGGUCCGCGACGCCUCCGCCUGGACCUGAGACCAAACGCUCCUCACCUGGUCGUUCUGCCGGUAGCUGCAGCACCCGACAGCUGGGUGCUGAUCUUUGACUUGAGACGAAGACGCUUCCUGUGUGUGGACAUAAAGGGACAACUCUACAAGUCUAGACAGAAGGACAGAGGACACUGUCUCUUUCAACAUAUGUUCCGGCAGGCUGAGCGCCAUGACCCGUUUUCCUCUUUGAGAAGGAGCUGGCUGGUCAAACUGGAGGUUGGUGGGCCAGAAGCUGUCCGUGGGGGGCCACCGGACAGCCGGUCAGUGAAGAGGCAGAGAAGGAGCGAGGAAGUGAAUCCGUCCGAUCCUCUGAGGACAGAGUCCCAUCCAUCUCCUCCUGUGAAGGAUGUGGAGCCGAACCAGGCGGGCGCCGUUUCCAAGGAAACCAUCACUUCCUGUGACGACCCACUGCGGGUGCUGAGGCCCAACGGACACGGCAGUCCCGUGAAGACGAACAUCGCAGAGCGAGCAGAGCAGAAGUGACGUCCUGCAGCUGCUGGUUGUCAGGAAGCAAAGAAAAAGAAAGUCUGAUGCUGCAGAGCAAUGGGCCACAUGCAGAGACCAAGUGGGACCAAAUGGGACCGAGUGGGACCAAAUUGGACCAAGUGGGACCAAAUGGGACCAAGUGGGACCGAGAGGGACCAAAUGGAACCGAGUGGGACCAAAUGGGACCGAGUGGGACCAAAUUGGACCAAGUGGGACCAAAUGGAACCGAGUGGGACCAAAUGGGACCAAGUGGGACCGAGAGGGACCGAGUGGGACCAAAUGGAACCGAGUGGGACCAAAUGGGACCAAGUAGGACCAAAUGGAACCGAGUGGGACCAAAUGGGACCGAGUGGGACCAAAUGGAACCGAGUGGAACCGAGUGGGACCAAAUGGAACCGAGUUGAACCGAGCGGGACCAAGGGGGACCGAGUGGGACCAGCUUCCUGUCUGCGGCGCCGGCGCGCUGUGCUCCAAUCAGACACUCUCUGAGGUCUCAUCUGAUCACUGAGGCUCCACUGCCUCUGUUUGAACAGCAGAGGGAUAAGCUGCUCCUGCUGACCUUUAACCUCUGUUGUCUGUUAAAUUUUAAUCCUUGAGCCAGAUGAGGCAACGCUUUCUUCACAUAUAUUCAAAACCUCUAAAUAUUCUCACUGAAAUGCUAAAAGCGAGUAAUGAAUGAUGGAACAGGAAAGAGAAAUGAUCCGGUGCUGGACACCAACAGUCUCAGCAAUGAAGAUAUUUAUUUAUUGAAAUGUGUAACAUAGCUUCUUUUAUUGUGUGCUGUUUUUUAUUUAUAUAUUUCUGAUAGAAAAUAAAAAUUAGAAAAAAAUGCCUGAAACCAGAAAAGUUCUUUAGCUUCUUUAAUCAGAGCAGGAAGACGAGCGGAUCGCUGCGGGAGUUUCACCUUCCUCCUCGCCUCCAUACGCUGUUCACCGCUGCAAAUAUUUUAGCUGAGCUGCUCCUGAAAAGUUGCAGAUAGUACAGUUUACAAAAAGUAUUGACCCCCUUGAAUGUUUUACCCUUUUAUUGCUUUUACAAAUCAAUCAUAAUCAACUAAAUUAUGUUGUUUUUGACAAUUUUUUUUUUUACAAAAAAUCCUUUAAAGUGAACAAAUGUUCCUUUCCAGUCCUUCAGCUGAACCCUCCACUUGUGGUCUAUUUAAAGCUGACUUCCUGGUUCUUGUAGCUCCUCAGAUUCCUCUUUGACCUCUGACCCCAGGUUCAUCUGAGAGCAACUCGUUUUGGUCUCUCUAAAUGCAAAUGAGGUAGUUCAGACCCCGCCCCCUGCUGUUCGGCCAUUUUUGUAGUUUGAUAGCAGAGAUAGAUUAUCUGACGGUGCAGAAACGUUUCUGACCAGCAGUAGACUCGUCCAUCCAGCCUGACAUGUUGGAGCCAGAAAACGACUCAACGUGAACGAACACGUCUGGAAAACCUCAGCAUGGUUAGCGGGUUAGCUAAGGCUAGCACCAAGAACGCACUGAACUCAUCUGGAUCAUGUGUUCCCCAGGACAAAAGCUAUGCCAGCUGUUCACCUAAUAACUUUUCAAAACUCAGAGUAAGGUUCUGUUCUCUAGCUAACUGCUAGCACACAGCGCUAACAUUAGCAGAAGGCUAAAAACAAAAUUAUCAGCACAACUAAUUCAUGUCUAUGAUGGUUUGUUAUCAUUUUAGCGUUAGCAGCUUAGCAUUUUGCUGUGGUCGUUUCCACAGACAGGAGGAACCGAGUCUUGAUGCUAACGGAGGUCGCUGAAGCUUUUGUCCUCGAGGAGCUUCAUGCAGUUAAGAGGAGUUUGAUGUGGAAACAUUUCCCAUAAAAUCAAAUGUAACCAGACUGACAGGGUGUGAUGAGCUGUGUGUGUUAAUACACCCGACAACCCUCAGUCUGACUUUUAUUUCUCACACCACUGUGAGAAAUAAACAUGACGGAUUCCUGAACCUGAUUAGCCGAAGGUCGGGUAGCCCAGUGGUAAACUGAGGUUACAGUAAUUAACUGUAACCUUUAAUAGUUUCUAUUAACCCUUAAUAGUGUAGGAGCUAUUUUCCCAUUUUUUAGUUAAAUCUUAGAAUUUAAAUUGUUUAGUUUAUUAUUAUAUUUUGUUUAUUUUCUAGUUGAUUUAUCAUUAGAAUUUUUGUUUGAUUUGUUGUUAAGAAUAAGUUCUUUGAUUAGGAAUUCACUUAAUUAGUUAAUUUCAGGUUGGGAUGUGGGUAUAUCACGAUAUAAAUAGGUGGGUCUCUUAGGCAGCUUAUUAUGCAGGUGGUGGUCACAAGGUUUUUUGUCACAUCAGACUCUAGUCGUCGGUCGGAGAACAGGAAUCGGAGCAGAAUCCUGUAACCUUUUUGCCUGAACUGUGAAAUUAAACCAAAGAACUGCAUUUCGACUUUUUGAUCCUUUGUGCUGCGUAAACCAGAAUCCAGGUGCAUCAGGUGACUAUUUGAGUUGGAUUCACUUUUGUUUUGGUCACCUUUGAGUUUUGAGGUUUUUUUAUUUACUAAUUUAAGUUUUUGGGCAAAUAGUCACUACAAAUAGAAACUAUUAAAGAUUUCUAUUAACCUUAACAGAAAGGUUAAGGUUAAUAGAAAUCUUAUAUGGUCCAAAACAAGAUACAAGUAUAUUAAAAGUAAAUUCUUGUUUACUCAGGCAUACAAUGACAACUAAGUGUUCAGCAUCCUUCUUUCUGAAAGAAAUACAUUGGCAUUUUCCUUCACCUUAAUAGUUGAAUAAUACAAACUAAUGAGUAAUUACCUUACUUGGUGAAACCGCUGUUAGAGGAGAAGUUCAUUAGAAACCAGAGGAUUUAGUGAGGAAAGAUCAGUCAGGAUCAGAGC